AUGAAGUCUUUAAUGAUGGGCAAAGAUUUCGAUCCUAAUAUUCGAGGCAAUUUAGGAGAAACCAUCUUGCACACAGCGCUGCUAAAUGGGAAUAAAGAAAUUGCAGAGUUCAUUCUGGAUACAAUACCAUCACUAAUCAACGAACCCAUGACGUCUGACAUGUACAGAGGUGAGACCCCGAUGCACAUAGCUAUUCUCAAGCAAGACGUGGAAAUGGUAAAUGAACUAUUGAAACGAGGAGCGGACGUUAUCAAUGCCCGAGCCACAGGUUCCUGCUUUGUACCUGGAGACGAAUGUCAGUGUUACUAUGGUGAAUAUCAACUGUCAUUUGCAGCGUGCAUCGGCAACAAAGAGGUUGUGACGACUCUUAUUGAGCACAAUGCUCCGUUAGAAGCACAGGAUUCCUUAGGCAACACAGUGCUUCACGUCUUAGUGCUGCAACCGGAAAAAAAACAGGCGUACGACAUGUAUGAUUUGAUCACCUCCCUCGUGGCUGAGAAACAGCAGCAGUUUGUAGAGAAUAUUGUGAACAAUGAUGGCUACACCCCAUUGAAGCUUGCAGCAGCAGAGGGUGAUUUUGAGAUGUUCAACAAUUUGGUGCAAAAGCAGAAGAAGAUUUACUGGACCAUGGGGACAAUUUGUUACUGCAUCUACGACCUGACAAACAUUGACACGUGGGGUGACCAGACAUCCGUUCUGGACAUCAUAACAACAAGCCGGAACAGUGAGGUUCGCAAACUUGUUGACUCCAAACCAGUAAAGGAACUAUUGCAUCAAAAGUGGAAUUUAUUCGGACACAAAUAUUUCCUGAUCUGGAUGUUCUCCUACAUUCUCUACGUUAUCAUAGUCACCGUCUCAAGUCUGUACCGGCCCUUGAAGCUAAUCCCUGCUGACCAGUCUGAUAAUCUCACCAUUAAAACACAAAAGACAUUCACAGAAUCUUAUCAAACGAGUGAAGACUACCUCAGACUGGUGGGUGAACUGAUUUGUGUCAUUGGAGCCUUGGUCAUACUCCUCAGUGAGAUCCCUUAUCUCUACAAGAUUGGUCCAAAAAACUACUUGGGGAAUACAUCAAUUGGAGGUCCUUUCCCAUUGCUGCUGGUCUGUUAUUCCCUAUUGAUCGCUGUGGCCGUUAUCCUGAGAGUACUUGGCGAUUCUGGUGAAGCAGUUCCUCUAUCCCUGGCUCUGGUCAUUGGCUGGUGCAACACCAUUUAUUUUGCUCGGGGUUUCAAAAUGCUCGGCCAGUUUUCCAUAAUGAUACAGAAGAUUAUAUUUGGAGAUUUUAUGCAGUGGUGUUCACUGGUCUUUAUCUGCAUCACCGGAUUUACCUCUGCAUUUUACGUCAUGUUUCAAACCUUGGAUUUGAAAAAGUAUCCAUAUUUCAAGGACUUUGCCAUGACCAUGUACACCACAGUUGAGCUGAUGAUGGGAUUGAUUGAUCUUCCUAUUCCCUAUGACACUCCAACACCAAGUACCAUAUACAUCGGUUACGUCUUGUACAUGAUCUUCGUGUACCUUCUGCUGUUAAACCUGCUGAUUGCAAUGAUGGACGAUACGUACUGGAGAAUUGCAUAUGAAAGGGAGGAACUUUGGAAAGUGCAGAUUGCCGCGACCAUACUGCUUCUCGAGCGCCGACUGCCAUCUUUUCUGAAGGUGCGUUCGGGAGUUCCAGGGAGAUCGCUGGGCUUUGACAAUGACAAGUGGUAUAUUGGGGUGGAAGAAAUCCUCAGUGAGAUGUCAGCAGAGAACGUUCAGGUGUCAGGUGGGGGUGCAGAGAAAUACUCCCAAAAUAGUCUAGGAUGGGACGCAAUCAGAAAGAAUCUGUCGAAGAUCAUAAGCAUGAAAGAUUCUUCUGAAUCCACCGCUUUUUAAGCCAUCACUUUGUAUACACCCGAACGAUUCCAGUCGAUACGUUUGUCUUUGCAUUUGUUAUCUGUGUUAUCACGAAGAGUUAACGUAAACUGGAUGCUAAUGUUAGCUUUCUCCAGAAUCUGCAUUAACGUGCCCUGACUAAUUUAUUAUUCUAAAUUGGACUGGCUACUCAAAAAAACUUAUUGAUCAAUUUUUGAUGAUGCAUUAUUGUAUCGACAUAAAAGAAGAUUGCUUUCUAUAAUUCCCUAUCAAUUGUUUUUGAUUGUUCUGUAUUUUGAGCCUAACAAGGCCUUAGAUUAUUCUUAUAUCUAGAUCAGCAACCACCCAGUAAAAAGACAUUCUUAUUUAAAUAUAACAGCAUUUUAAAAAAAACAACUGUUUUUUGG